AUGGAUUGCAGCAAAUUGGCAGAAGAUGGGACCCCUGAGUUAGGAAUGGAGUUCAACAGCGAAGAGGAUGCGUACAAGUUUUACAACAAAUAUGCCUUUAAAAUGGGUUUUAGUGUACGUAAAGACUAUCUGAAUAAAGACAAAGACGGCGUGACCACGUCUAGGAGAUAUAGUUGCUGCAAGGAAGGUGUGAAGCGCAAGUACGAAGGUGAUGUGAUGCCAAAGAGGACACGAGCUCCGACGAAAACAGGGUGUGGAGCUAAAAUGGUUAUUGUGUUGUUUAGAGGAACAAUGAAGUACCGUGUGCAUGAUCUUGUUUUAGAGCAUAACCAUGAGUUGCACAUUGCUCAAUGUGCACACAUGAUGCCAUCACAAAGAAAAGUGAGCGAGGCUCAAGGAUUCCAAGCUGAAAUAAGCGAGGACGCUGGGCUUUCAUUGAAACAGAGCCAUGAGCUUAUGGGAAAGGAGGCAGGUGGGAUGGGAAAUAUGGGAUAUACUCGGGAAGACCUGAAACUAUAUCUUCGUACUCGACGGGAAAGGAGUUUGAAAUAUGGAGAAGCAGGUAGCAUGCUGAAUUAUUUUCAAGAGCAAACACUCGAGAAUCCAUCGUUUUUUCAUGCCGUACAGCUGGACUGUGAAGAGCAGAUAACGAAUAUCUUUUGGGCUGAUGCAGGAAUGUUAAUUGACUACAAAUUUUUUGGAGACGUAGUCACAUUCGACACAACUUACAAAACAAAUAAAGAAUACCGGCCACUUGGAGUGUUUGUGGAUUUUAACCAACAUAGGCAAAUUGUGAUAUUCGGUGCUGCCCUUAUGUAUGAUGAGACUAUAGAUUCUUUCAAAUGGGUGUUUGGUACAUUUCUAGAAGCAAUGUGCGGAAAGCGUCCAAGUACCAUACUAACCGACCAAGAUCAUGCCAUGGCAGCCGCUCUUUCAGUUGUUAUGCCUGAAACAUUUCACGGUCUAUGUACGUUUCACAUAAGGCGUAAUUUUAUGAAACAUCUUGGCAAUCACUACAAGGAAAAUAGUGAUCUUCCAUACAUGUUUGGUGCCUGCAUGUAUGAGUUUGAAGAAGUGGAACAAUUCAAUAGGGUGUGGGAGGCGAUGGUGAAGAAACACAAUCUUGAAAAUAAUGAAUGGCUCUCCGGGUUGUAUAAAAUUCGUGAUAAAUGGCAAGGUGCAUGA